GGUAUGGACCUGUUGCGCUCCAGCUGCCGGCGCAGAAAACGAGCUGCUCAGCGUUUGUUAACGAUCUGCUGCCUCGAUGGACUUUAAAGAGUUUGGAGACGAGUCCUCCUCCUCCUCCGAGGGAGACACGGAGGACUUGGACAGCGUGAAAGCGCUCACGGAGAAGCUGAAGCUACAGACCCGCAGACCGUCCUAUCUGGAGUGGCAGGAGCGCGUACAGAGCCGAGCGUGGACGGAGAGAAACUCAGCGGACGGUCCGGGACCCGGCGGACAGCAAGUCGUCUCCGUGCCGGCAAUCUUGAGGAAUGCGAGCUCAGAAGUGGUUGUCGGCGGCAUCUGCGGCUUUGACACCAUUGACGAUGCUUUGGAGUAUCUGAGAAAAGAGCUGAGGGAAAUGCAAGUUCAAGACAACCGACUGGCCCGACAGCUGAUCCGUCUGCGGGGGGAGAUCCAUCGGCUCAAAGUGGAGCAAGUGUGCCACCGUCACAAGGAGAUGCUGGACGAUGCCACGUACGAGCUGGAGGAGUGCGGAGAGGAGUCGGACUUGCUGUGUGAUAUCCCCAUGAAGGCUGCCUUCGCUCUGUCCACCCCCCUAAAACAUCUGGGCCUCACCAAGAUGAACAUCAACUCCAGACGCUUCUCACUGUGUUAAACCCUGCAGCUCUUACUCGUGCCAACCAGGAUGCUCCGCCACCUUCUCUGUGUUUGUGUAGGUAAUGCUGUAAAGGGUUAUUUCCUCUUUGGGGGGUGCAGUGGGGCAAAAGUAAAGAGCAGCUGCCUGCAGCCAUGACUGAAAAUGAAAAUGAUGAUUAGACUGAUGCCUACCUUGGUAUGGCAUGCAUGAGGAAGCUUCUGCAUACAGACCUGCAGGGUCACACACCUUUAUCAGCACACAGCUUCCUGCUGGAUGAGGUCUGGACUGCUCUGCUGCUGACUCAGAGAAUUAAUGAAGACUAAGAGCUGGACUGAAAUUAAAGAGUUUAUUAUUUUAUACCAAAGUGAUUUGGUAAUGCAAAUACACAGUUCACAUUUGCCAACAAGUGUAAGAGGAGACUAGUGCCCUGUUCCUUAAAGGCGACUUAUCAUUGCUCGGGUUUUACUCUUGGACUCUGCAGGAGCGCAGCAGAGAGUUCAAACAUGCUUAUUUACCUUCUGCUGAGCUCACUUCAUCCACUGCUGGAAACAAGACAUUUCAGCUCCUUUCCCCUUCCUUUGAAACCACCUUUGUUCUGAUUGGCUGCCCCUCUCAAAAAGAGGUGAGCUGAUUUUGUUAAGGCUAUCUGCUCUCAUUGAGAUCAUUAGAAAAAAGUAUAGCCUGCACUUGUGCAUACAGCGUACCUGGAACAGGUAUGAUUUAUAUACACGGCAGAAAACAAGGGGAAGCAUCAUUAAUGCUUACAUCACAUCAUGCUGUCAUCAUGAUUGGCUUCUGCACAGCAACAUACUAACUGCUUUUUUAAAAAUCUGGCUCACAGUUUCUGAAAAGAGUCCACUGUAUUCCCUUUAAAUAUAUAUAUUUUGGCCCUUUGAAUAGCACAUGUACUUUGGAAUUGUGGAAGACUGAUUCCCUGUAAAAGUUUGGGAACCACAGCUUUGCAGAAGCAUGAAGGCAGCAGCUCUGGUCAGUAACACUUUGAAGUAAACAGAGUCCUUUUGUACAGCAGCUACAGGCCCUCACACUCCAGCAUUUUUACACCUCUUCUUCACAAACCAAAAAUAUCUCUAUAACCUCACCGCUGCAGUGACACAACCCAGGAGCCUGCGCCUGAUGCUCUCUGUUUUCCACUACCAGCACUGAUUUUAGGCUAUAUAUGGCUGCUCUGUGACCAAGUGUACUUUAUUUCCUUAUUGAUUUGUUUGUAGUUUCAUUAAAAAAAAAAAGAAAAGAAUGAAUGAAUUUAACUUUGUAUUAAAUGUGUAAAACUUCUAUUAACUGUAUUACUCUAUGAUGAUUGUUAAAUCACGCUGUAAUAUGAAUGCAAUGAUUUAAAUAAAUAUAAAAGAAAAACA